AUGCCUUCCCCCCCUCCCGACUGGGUCAAGGCCCUCACUCCCUCCAGCCCGCAGGGCACGGAGCUGCUCAAGCAGGAGCGUGCUCAGUCGAAUGUCAAGGUCGACCAGCUGGGGGAGUUCCUCCACACCAAGGAGUUCCUGGAGAAGCAGCAACGCUUCAUCCAGUUGCUCUCUGCCGAGAAGGUCUUUGACAAGAAGGACAUGCACUCGCUGAGCCGGCCCGAGCGGAUCCAGCGGGCACUCGCCAAGGGAAAGAGACUCCAACAGAUGUCGGAACAGUACAACUGGUCGGCUCAGGAUUAUCACUUCGCCAGUGAUAUGAUCGGAGAGCCCAAUCCUUAUGGUCUCCAUGCGAGCAUGUUCUUGGUCACCCUCCGCGAACAAUGUACCCCCGAACAGAAGAAGCUCUUCCUCGAGCCCGCCGAGAAGUAUCAGAUCAUCGGUUGCUAUGCGCAAACGGAAUUGGGCCACGGAUCAAAUGUGCGUGGCCUCGAGACGACGGCCACUUGGGAUCCCACGGAUAAGACCUUUGUGAUUCACUCGCCCGCUUUGACCGCGUCCAAGUGGUGGAUUGGAUCUCUGGGCCGGACGGCCAACCAUGCGGUGGUGAUGGCGCAGUUGUUCAUUGCUGGCAAGAACUAUGGCCCCCACCCCUUCGUGGUCCAGAUCCGUGAUCUCAAAACCCAUCAGCCUCUAGAGAACGUCUACGUUGGUGAUAUUGGACCCAAAUUUGGUUACAACACCAUGGACAAUGGUUUCCUCCUGUUUAACAAGUUCAAGAUCCCUCACGUGAACAUGCUGGCCCGCUUCUCCCAGGUCGACAAGGAGACGAACCAAUACAUGCGCCCGGCAUCGCCGUCUCUGGUCUUCGGUACCAUGACCUGGGUCCGGUCCAACAUUGUCUUCCAGGCCGGUUCCGUCCUCGCGCGCGGUGUGACCAUUGCCACUCGCUACUGUGCGGUCCGCAGACAGUUCCAGGACCGGGACGCUGCGCCCGGCGCGGGCGAGACCCAGGUCAUCAACUACAAGAUGGUGCAGAUCCGUCUGCUGCCCCUGUUGGCCGCCAUGUAUGCGCUGCACUUCACUGGUCGGGCCAUGAUGGGUCUGUACGAUGAGAACCAGAACAAGCGCGCCGCCGCCGAGGCCGGACAGGACCAGCGUGGUGCGGCUCCCGAGGCUCUUCGCGCGGGCUCCGAUCUGCUGGCGGAUCUGCACGCGACCUCGUGCGGUCUGAAGGCGCUGGCCAGUACCACGGCCGGAGAGGGUCUGGAGAUCUGCCGUCGGGCCUGUGGUGGUCACGGCUACAGCAGCUUCAGCGGCAUUGGACCCUUUUACGCCGAUUAUCUGCCCACCCUGACCUGGGAGGGUGACAACUACAUGCUGACCCAGCAGGUUGCCCGAUAUCUUCUCAAAUCCGCUCGUGCUGUGCUUGCCGGCAAGGGGACUGGCAACGACACCAGCCGGAUCCUUCAGGCCUACCUUGCUCGUCGUGACAAGGGUGCCUCGUUUGACAUCCUCGAGGAUGACAAGGACAUUGUGGAUGCGUUUGCCUGGCGGACAGCCCACCUGACCUUUGAGGCCCUCAAGCACCGCGAUCUCGAGAAGCGGUCGUGGAACAGCCUGCUGGUUGACUUCUGGCGCCUGUCGACCGCCCACUCGCAGUACCUGGUGGUCCGGAACUUCUACGAGGCCGUCUCGUCGCCGCCGCUCGCCGCGUCGCUGGGUCCGGAGACCACCCAGGUCAUGCACAGCCUGUUCCGCCUCUACGCGCUGAACACGCUAGAGCGGGAGGCGGCCGAGUUCUUCUCGUCCGGUGCCGUUACUGUGCGCCAGAUCACCCUGACCCGCACCAACGCGGUGAUGAAGCUUCUCGACGAGAUCCGUCCGCACGCCGUGGCGCUGGUGGACGCAUGGAAGAUUCCCGACUGGACUCUGGACAGCAGUCUGGGCCGGUAUGACGGCGACGUGUACCCGGAUCUGUUCAAGCGGGCCAGCGAGAACCCGGUCAACGACCUGGUCUUCGAUCCAUACCCAUGGAACGAGGCGGUGCUGAAGAAUGCGGUGAAGAGCAAGCUAUAA